UCCCACAUUACUGCCUCAUUGCCAGCACUUCAGCCACGGCUGUUCUUCCAGCACGGAUUACACACAGAUCGUUUGUGCAUUCGUUCACUCCCUUACUUUCUUUCUCCAUCUCUCAUGUUCUGUCUCUCUACUAUCUCUCUCCCCCUCUCUCUCUCUCGCUCUCACUCGCUCUCUCUCUCUAGCCAACCCACACCCAGUGAUUCUGUAUCUUGGCUUUUUGUGGCGGUAGUAGGGAUGCUGCUGUGAAUUCUUUUUUGAAUGUGUUUUAGACACAUUUCUUUCUAUAUCACAGGAGGAGUGCUUUCUUAAAUUUUUUGGGGUGAUUUCUUUUUCUUGGGAAACCUUGUGGAAAAGAGCUUACUCACAAUGUUGGGCUUGGAUGUUUGUGAAUUUGGUGGACAGUUUCUUGAGCUGCUCUGGUUAACAGUUUGCUACAGAGGCAUAAUGGCUGACAAAGAUAAGGAUGUGCCAGUGGUUGAGGAUGAAGAUGAGCCAGAUCUGAACUACCAGCCUCCGGCUCAGAAGAGCCUGCAGGAGAUCCAGGAACUGGACAAGGAUGAUGAAAGCCUGAACAAGUACAAGCAAACCCUUCUGGGUUCUGGACCUGUGGUGGAAGAUCCCACCAUUCCUAAUGUUCAAGUGACCCGACUCACUCUGAUGUGUGACCAGGCCCCUGGACCCAUCACCAUGGACCUGACAGGUGACCUCGAUGCUUUGAAGAAGAAGAACUUCACCAUGAAGGAGGGAGUGGACUACAGGGUGAAAAUCCACUUCAAGGUCAACAGGGACAUCGUGUCUGGACUGAAAUAUGUGCAUCUGACCUACAGGAAAGGACUCAGAGUGGACAAGGCAGUGUACAUGGUGGGCAGCUACGGUCCGAGAGCCGAGGAGCAUGAGUUUAUGACCCCGGUGGAGGAAGCUCCAAAGGGCAUGAUCGUUCGGGGAAGCUACCACAUCAAAUCGUACUUCACAGAUGACGACAAGACAGACCAUCUGUCGUGGGAGUGGAACCUGCAAAUCAAAAAAGACUGGGACAGUGCAGAGUAAAGAGGUUCCUCCUCUGUCUCUCUCUCCCAGAUCCAUAGCAGAAUACCCAAUUUAUCACUGAUGUUUAAAAACAGAGACAUACGCUAGGUAGAUAUGCAGCUGGAGCUGGCUUUGCAAAUGAUUAAACAACAAUUAGUCGUAUUAAAAAAAUAAAAAUAAAAAAUAAGAUGUUAGGUGUAACCAACAGUGAGGACAUACAGUGACUGGCAGGGUAUUAGAGGCGACUUAGUACUUUGUAAUAGUUAUAACCAACAAAUGAAAUCCCUCAUGCCUGUACACUCAGGUUUAAGUGUAUACUGUAAAUGUAAAUAUUACAAUGUCUGUAUUCUUGCAUUGCAUUUACAGAGCCCAUGACCAGAUCAGUGCAUGCUUGAAUGUGAAGCCAUCGUGUUUGCAAUGGCUAAUUUCUUGUAUUGAUGAUGUAAUCAGCCUGCUAAAUACAUGUGUAGGACGUGGUUUGUACUAAGUGUUGCUUGUCAAAAAGGUAUUUCUGAGCAUUAAACCCCUGUAGAAAAGAUCAACUUAAACCAGUAUGAAGUUGUCCGGGGUGAAUCUGGUUCACUUUUCUUGCUGGUUAGUCCUGACUGGCACAUGCAACAUUUGCUGGUGAUUUUGCUGGUCUUUUCAGCUGGGAACCAUCAGUGGAGCCCAUAGUCAAGCACCCUCCUCAUUCCCUGAAACAGAUCUGUUCAUCUCUGUCCUGGUGUCUGUAACUGUCUUCCAUCUAGCUUUCAUAUUAGAUUGUCUCUGAUUUUUCUUUUCGUUAUUUUUUUGACAUUCCAAAAUAAAUACAUUUUAUUGUUUA